AAGGGUACUCUCGUAUACCCGCGCGUAACUCAGUGCCAUUUCGUCCAUCAAAUCCGCAGCGGAAAACUACGUUUUUUGCUAUAUAGGUAACCGCCGUCACGCAAUACACGUCGCCGCACAGCACGCCUAUACCGACGGCCUUUGCGCUUUCGUCACGAGUAACCUACAUACAUCAGCAUGUCAGAAAGACGGACACUUUUGAGCCGUCCCCGGACCCGGGUGUACGACUGCAACUAUAACAUUGGCGAGGGUUAUUAUAAGCCAAUGAUGGACCACCUAGACCGCAAGUACUACGGUUCUUCGACCACGCCGGCCGCACCCAAACCCGCUGGUGGAUUCUUCGACUCUAGCCCAAAAAGCCUAUUUAGUACGUCGGGAACUUCGGCCUUUGACGAGUACAGAUCUUCAUCACCGGUGCGGUCUCGGCGCAGCGGCUCCGAUUCCAGAUUAUCAUUGCCCGACGACGAAUUUGAGCAAGAGGUAGCUGCAAUGCGUCGGGCUCGUGCCGCCAAGGUGGCAGCCGCCCGGACGGCGUCGCUGGAAAAGGAAUUUGAGUCAGCGUUCAACGGGUUCGCGUCGGACGGCAAGCCUAGGGCGCGGCUCAACUACACUGAAAAACUGUUGGACACAGUUGGGCUGAACAGCAAAUCGCAGGAGGCGUUGGAGGAUGAGAUCUACAAGAAGCGGACAAAGUCCUUCUUCCAGGAUGCGGAGGACGUGGUGGCCUCAGCCGAACUGCACGCUAACAACCGACGGUCGGCUGCAUUUAAAGCGCAGUUACAGGAUGCAGCUGACGAGCGAUCCGCCGAUCAAUUAGCGGCUGCGGCCAGGGCGCGCAAGUCCAAGGCCCGCUUGUUAGAUAUACAAAACGAGAUUGACGGCAUCGCCGAGCGGGACGCUGCCCGCCAAAAGCGUUCGGCCGACCUGAAAGCGUUGUUCGCUGACAACGAAGCGCUCACAGAAUCGGUCAGCACUUACAAGAAAAAGUCGUCGAAAAAAGUGUCGUUUUAACGGAAUUUAACGUCUUUAAUAAUAUUGAAUAAUAUUGUUAUUAAUAUAAAUAUAAUUUAUUAACAGAGAGAAAGAGUGAGAAAAAGAGAGUCGCAUAAAUUGGUACUGAAGCAAAUCAGACGACACGACCGAUCGCCAUCAUCUUUUAUCACUACAUCUGUUCUCUUUUUUUCCCUCUCUAUCUCUCUUCUCCUCUCCUAUCUCUCUCACUCCGGUCUAAUUCUCCUGACUCUUUUUAUUUUAUUUUUUUUUUUUUGGUGUCUUACAAUUGUUUAUCCUCUAUACUAAAAUCUAAUUGGUCAUUGGAAAUUGUUAAAAUGAUGAUAUAUUUUAUCUAGCGUUGGUUUUUUUUUUUUUUUGUAUAGAUAUUAUAGAAAUAUAGAGCAUAACUAUUUUGUUCGUCAGUUUUGUAGGUAUUUGAGCAGGAUAAAACGAAAUUUAAUCAAAUUUAUCUUAAUAUAGUCUAAAACGAUUUGCGUUCAAAUGUUGUUCGAUAUUUAUUUAUUUUGUUGCAUUUUUGUGUUAUUAUAUAUUUUACGAACAACUGAAU